ACAUUUCAGGCAGCUUCAAUCAUAGCAUGUUUAUUUACAUCUCAGAUUGUCUCAAGCUACGCCUCUCCAGAGCUUGAUCACUUAGUUAGUUGACGAAACGUUUGGGGUUCAGCCAUGCAGCUCAGGUCAGCCCUCUGUCACCUCCCCGUCCUCCUGGCUGUGCUCCUGCUGUGGGGACCGCCGGGGUCCACGGGCCAGAACGACACCGAGCCCAUCAUCCUGGAGGGGAAAUGUCUGGUGGUGUGCGACUCCACUCCCUCGUCCGAGCCUGCCGGUAACGCCUUGGGGAUGUCCGUCCGCUCCGGCUCUGGUCGCGUGGCUUUCUCUGCCAGCCGCCAGACAAACCAUGAGCCCACAGACAUGAGCAACCGCACCAUGAUCAUCUACUUUGACAAUAUUUUGGUUAAUGUGGGAACUCAUUUUGACCAAGAGAGCAGUGUCUUCCUGGCACCGAGGAGAGGAGUGUACAGCUUCAACUUCCAUGUGGUUAAAGCCUACAAUAGACAAACUAUUCAGGUCAGCUUGAUGGUGAACGGCUGGCCGAUGAUUUCAGCUUUCGCUGGAGACCAGGAUGUGACACGAGAAGCCGCCACCAACGCUGGGCUUGUGAUCAUGGAGAAGGGAGACAAGGCCUACCUCAGACUGGAGAGGGGCAAUCUGAUGGGAGGGUGGAAGUACUCCACUUUCUCUGGGUUUUUGGUCUUUCCCUUGUGAAAACGGAGGAUCAUCUGGUGA